UUUAAACUUCCUACUUGGGAAAAUAAGUUGUUGUUUUUUCAACGAUUGAGGUUAUAUUGAAUGUUCCGUUAGCAAUUUUUGGGAUAAAUAAUACCUAUAUCUUUAUUUUGGAACAAUGAAGUGGAGUUCAAAUUUGAUAUUGCUUGUAUUGUGUAUAUGGUUAAAUAAUAGCAACAACCAGGUAGAAGGAGGGGUAGAUAAACAAUGUAUUGUAGAUUGUGCAUGCUGCAUAGAUAGACAAUGUGGACCAGGACCAUGGUUUAAUAACGAAUGUACUCGAGGCUGUAUUGAUGGUUAUAGAGGUGCUCGCUGUGAGGAGAAAUGUACACACAAUUGUACACAAUGCCGUGAUAAUAUAGAUACGUGUAAUAAAUGUUAUGAUGGAUAUUACCCCGGCUCAGCUAGAGACUGCACAUCACAAUGUUUACCCGGAUGUCGAGCAUGCACAUCAGGAACCACGUGUAUAUCAUGCAAGGAGGGAUAUGACAACGCCGUUGGUCAAAAUGAUUGCAGUAUUCGUAACUGUCCUGAAAAUUGCAAUUGCGAUAAUGGUCAAUGUGCAUCAUGCAGGGACGGAUAUUACGAUACCAGUAAUGAAAUGUAAUAGUUUAUGUCCAGGUAAAUGUGUCACGUGUACAUCGAAUAUAAUUGUGGACCAUGUAAGGAUGGGUUUUAUAAAGGUUACCAGAACGACAACAAUAACCCUCCUUUGUUGAACGACUGUACAUACAAAUGUCGAGAUAACUGUGCACGCUGUUCGUCCUAUAACAGUUGCUCGCUUUGUAAAAGUGGUCUUUAUGGAACGACAUGCGACAACAGUUGUUCAGGUGGUUGUAUGUCAAACACUUGCAAUAUACUAACUGGUAACUGUGAUUGUUCUCCUAAUUUUGCUGGAGUAAGAUGUGAUAAAUGCAAAAACGGGAAAUAUGGACAUUUUUGCGAUCAACAAUGUCCUGCAGGGUGUAAAGGUAACGUAUGUGAAAAAGAUUACGGAUAUUGUACAGACGGAUGCGCUAUAGACACGAUCGUUGGUGAUAAAUGUGACGUCUGUUUAAUAGGCUGGUAUGGACAAUACUGUAACAUAUCUUGUUCUGUCGGCUGUAAAAAUCAGCAAUGUGAGAAAAGCAAUGGUGAAUGCUCAUAUGGAUGUUUUGAUAACUUUAUAGAAGAACAAUGCUAUCAGUGCAUUCCUGGCAAAUAUGGUGAUACAUGCCAACGCGACUGUCCAAAUAACUGUGACGAGAAAGGCUGCUUAAAAGACUCCGGUAAAUGUAUAAGCUGUCGUGUCAACUUUGAUGGAGAGAAAUGUGAUAGAUGUCGUCCUGGUUUCUAUGGUUCACUUUGCUCUGAGAGAUGUCCGUCUAAUUGUUUGAACGGUGUAUGUGACAGAGAUACAGGAACGUGCUCUGAUGGCUGUUUAAACAAUUAUUCUGGCGACAGAUGUUGUAUAAAUAAUAACAAAUGUAUCACAUGUUUGUCAGAUACUAGGUGUAAACAAUGCAAGUAUGGAUACUUCAAUGACCAAUGUGACAAACAAUGUCCACGGAACUGUCUAAAAUCCUGUCAUAUCGAAUCAGGUCUUUGUGACGGUUGUAAAAGUAACUUUUAUGGUGAAAGUUGCAAUUGUGCAUGUGCCUCUACAUGCAAGACUCAGACAACAGCGAAUGGAAGUAUAUGUCAGCAAAGUAAUGGAAAGUGUCUAUAUGGAUGCGUAGAUGGUUUCCAUGGUUUACAGUGUUCUGAGAAAUGUUCUGUUUAUUGCAGCGAUACACUUUGUGAGCAAGACAACGGCAAAUGUACAAAAGGAUGCAAAAUGAAAGUAAAGAAUGACCACAUUUGCCCUCUGACAUCAGACUCAAGUUCCUCAGAGCAGUCAGUAAAUACAGCUGCUAUUUCAUUUGGAACAUUUUUUGCUGUGUCAGUAGUUGUUAACAUCAUAUUUGUGGUUACGUUGAUUCUCCGGAAAUAUCGGAAAAGGGUCAAUGAUACUUACAAGGCAAAAGGACCUGUUUAUGAAAACUCAGGCAUUGAAAUGGAAUGUGGAAAUUCAGCACAUCCCGGCAGUGCAAGCAAGCAUGGAAUUGAACAAGCAACAAAGAGCGAUCCUGUGUUAAAGUCACCUGACUAUGAGGAUCUUGGAAUAGUUCAAGUAUCUGAGCAUGAAUAUGGAGAAAUUCGUCAAGACACUCGAUAUCAUUGAUGGACGUAUAACAGUAAGCACACGCGGAGGUAAAUGAUCAUCAACAACAAUGAACUGUUUUAAAAGAGUCAGACAGAGAACAGAGUAACAAUUUAAAUGAUUAACAAUAGACGAGUCGACAUAAUAUCAAACACAAAGGCAUUCUUUAUUGUAUAGUUCUGAAUAUCUGUCUAAUAUUGUAUGUGUUAAACACUAUUGUAAAUACUUUCUUAAAAAGCAUUUAAAACAUUUGACUGCAUGUUGAUAUUUUGAUGUCCGCACAUUUGAAGGCAGAACAGUUCCAUAAAACAGAUGUCUAUAAAGAAAACUUGAAAUUGAGAAAUACCUUAGUGAAACACCUACCAAAUAUUUUAAAUAUAUGAUCAAAUUCAGAACUAGAAAUCAUAAACUACCGGUCCAAACUGGAAAUUGGCAUAGGAUACCUUUAGAACACAGAAAAUGCACCCUCUUCAAUCAAAACAUAGGCGACGAAUUGCAUUUUCUAUUAGAAUGCCCAAAUCUUAAUACGGAUAGAAAAAAAUAAAUCUCUGAAAUUUAUUUAAAAAGAAAUCCAGAUAUAAUAAAUUUUGAUGAAUUAAUGAACACGACCCCUCUCAUUAUGUGAUAUAUAAAAAAAACUUUGCAUGUUUAUAAAAAUAAUCUGAGAAAAAUAUUGAACUAAAUUAUUAUAUUAAACUUUGAUAAAUAUUUUUGAAAUCAUUCGUUUUAUUUUGUAUGAAUGUUAAACUUUCUUCAGUCUAUGUUAAAAGAAUAUUGUAAGAUGUGUGAGUUCGAUCCGGUAACUUCGUAAACAUUGUAAUAUUGUAAUGAAGAGUACCAACAGCAACAUGCAAAUUGAAUAAUGUAAUCUUAUAUAUGGAACCUUUAAAAUAUGUCAAGGUAUAGAAAGUAUGUUGUCUUAAUAAGAUUAUUAUAGUAUCUACCGUUUUGAAUUAAAGUAAUAUGCAAAUU